CGUACAUGGUAGACGUAUAUGGGUUCCGUAAAUUAAUACAUCGCACGUGCGUUUGACUCCCAAUCCCUGAUGAAUAUUUUUUUUGGUAUAUGCGGUAUUCCAAAAAUUGAUAAAAUCUGUGACAAUUUUGUGGUGCCAGUGGUAAAAAUUUAACAUUGACUAAAAAUUGGGAAAUAGUGGAAAAUAGUGCAAAACUAAAAAUGGUGACCAAUGCACAGUGGCUGUUAGUUUUUGGAAUUACUGCCUUACAAUUUUCUGUACUAAAAACUCAAGAACAAAAUGAAGUAAAAGAUGAGAGGAAGAAAGCUCAAUCAAUAAAAGAUCUAUUCAAAACAGGAUCAUGUAUUCCUCCACCGUUCACAUGUCCUCACCCAAACAUGCUCUAUUAUUUAUAUACAAGAUCGACCCAAGAGAAAGGCGAGUUGCUAAAUACACUUGAUAAUGACUCGCUCACAUAUUCAAGGUUCAAUACAAAACAUCCUACAAAAAUAGUAGUUCACGGAUUCGGGGGCGGAAGAAAUUUGUCCCCCAGUACGGAUAUGAGAGAAGCGUAUUUCAAGAGAGGCAACUAUAAUAUAAUAAUCGUUGAUUAUGGGCCUCUUGUUAAAGAACCUUGUCUCAGUCAGAUAGAGUGGGCCCCGCGUUUCGCAAGCAUGUGCAUAGCUCAACUGGUGGAGUAUCUACAGUACCACCCCGUGAAGUCGGUUCGUCCGGAGAAAAUUCACACUAUUGGCUACAGUGUUGGUGCACAUAUCCUGGGCCUCGUUGCUAACCACCUUGCUGAAGGAAAACUUGGCCGAAUUACUGGUCUAGAUCCUACUAUUUUCUUCUACAUGGGAAACAAUAGAUCCCGCGACUUGGACUACACGGACGCCUUGUUCGUAGAUAUUCUGCACACGGGAGCUGGCAUCCUCGGGCAAUGGGGUCCGAACGGUCACGCCGACUUCUACGUCAACGGAGGCUCCAGUCAACCUGGAUGUGCACAUGAUACAAUUUUUCAGACUCUAUCCUGCGACCACACAAAAGUAACUCCAUACUUCAUCGAGUCCAUCAAUAGCCGGGUUGGUUUCUGGGCGGGCCCGUGUCCUAAUCUCUUCUCCUACCUCAUUGGCUGGUGCGAACCCAAGGACACAGAGUACGUGCUCAUGGGUGAACACGUUACACCUAAAGCGCGAGGAGUAUAUUAUGUCACCACUAAUGCGAAUCCGCCCUACGCCAGGGGUUUCCCAGGAAAAGCAAGGCGAGUGCGAUCGGUGUCGUAUAGUUGAUGGAAGAUACAAUUGGAAAUAUUAUUUAACUUAACCUCUUCCGUGUCCAUUAUAUUGCCAAUAAUAAUUUUAGUUCCUACCUCACGUAGAUACCUAAUGAAAGUGAUAAUGAUGUUAUUAUAGCUAUUAGAUUCGUUUUUAUCUUUCUAUUUUUGUACAAUUUGGCUUUAUUUCAAAGUCUGCCUUAAAAUAAUAGGUAUUUUGUCU